AACAUAAAAACGAACAUAAUUUUAUCAUCGAAUCCCAAAGGACUACACACUGUAAAAACCCCUCGAAAUCCCAAUUGAAGACAAAGCGCCAGUCCUGUAAAAACCCCCAACUGGAAUACCGAGAGUGAAGCCAGCAGAAGAAGAUGGCGCACGGCGGUGGAGCAAGGCAGGUGAAACUGGACCGAGAGAGCGAGCUCAGAAUCGAAGUCGGCAACGACGCCCCUCUCAAGCUCCGACUGCUCAACGGCACCGCUGAGAUCUUCGGCACCGAGCUCCCACCUGAUUUCUGGCUCACCUUCCCUCCCAGGCUCAAAUUUGCUGUUUUUACUUGGAAUGGAGCAACAAUUGAGAUGGAUGGCAGUACUGAAACCGAUUACACUGCUGAUGAGACCCCAAAUAUCAGUUAUGUGAAUGUGCACGCCGUACUGGAAGAACGGAGACACCGCGCUAAACCCUUGCCACCGGAUGACCCCAAUUCUCAGGGCCCAAGAGUGAUUGUUGUGGGACCGACAGAUUCUGGGAAAAGUACCUUGUCGAAAAUGCUUCUUAGUUGGGCAGCUAAGAAGGGAUGGAAACCUACUUUUGUCGACUUGGAUAUUGGACAGGGAGCUAUAACAAUUCCGGGAUGCAUUGCCGCUACUCCUAUUGAAAUGCCUAUUGAUCCGGUUGAAGGAAUUCCUCUUGAUAUUCCUCUCGUGUAUUUCUAUGGGCACACAACUCCUAGUAAUAAUGUAGAUUUAUACAAAGUGCUUGUGAAGGAGCUAGCUCAAGUGGUAGAGAGACAAAUUUCUGGGAAUGCUGAAUCUCGAGCUUCUGGAAUGGUGAUCAAUACCAUGGGAUGGAUAGAAGGUCAAGGCUACGAGUUGCUUCUUCAUGCAAUUGAUACAUUCAAUGCCAAUGUUGUCUUAGUUCUGGGCCAGGAAAAGCUUUGGAGCAUGAUCAGAAAUGUGCUAAAGAACAAGCCUGGUGUGGACGUUGUAAAACUUCAAAAAUCUGGGGGCGUUGUAUCCAGGAAUGCCAAAUUCCGUCAAAAAUCCAGGAGUCAUAGGAUAAGGGAAUAUUUCUAUGGCCUUGCAAAUGAUCUGAGCCCACAUUCUAACAUCGCAAACUUCAGUGACUUUUCUGUCUUUCGAAUUGGUGGCGGGCCACAGGCCCCACGUUCAGCUUUGCCAAUUGGUGCAGAGCCUGCUGCAGACCCUCUAAGAUUGGCGCCUGUGAAUAUUAACCGGGAUUUGCUGCAUACCAUUCUCGCCGUUUCAUUUGCCAAGGAGCCUGAUCAAAUUAUUUCUAGUAAUGUUGCUGGGUUUGUCUUUGUCACAGACGUCGACAUUCAGAGGAAGACAAUUACAUACCUUGCACCUUCGGCAGGUGAGCUUCCAAGCAAGUAUUUGAUCGCAGGAACCGUGACAUGGCUCGAAACGUGAAGUGGAUGACCCAAAAUCCAAAUAGUUGAGGUUGACAAUGGCUUCCUGGUGACUGCACAUUGCUGGUUUGUGUAAGGAGUGUAAGAUGUGAACUAUACUAAGCCUCGAAAGUUUGGUUGUAACUCUGUAUACCCUUUUUCCCAAUAUAAAUCAGAAUAUUAUUGUUGUCUUUUA